CUUCCUGGUGACGCGUGACGACGACAUUGGCGGCGGUGAUGACGCAGCUUAUGUAAAUGAUGAAAACCUCCCCCUGUGAUUCGCGGGAAAAGUAAAAAAAUGGCGACGGUGGGAGUUUGAAGUUUAGCGCCACGAAACAGAGAUAGAGACGCCGAGGACACAGAGACACACCGCGCCUGUCUGUCUGUCUGUCUGUGGGUCAGAGAACUGGAGGACAGGUGGGACGUGGACCGGAUCAGCGGAGGAUGUUUGAGGACCUAGAUGAAGCGUUCUGUGGUCUGGAGCCUGAAGUGUCUCCCGGGGGAGGGGCAUGUCGAAGGGGGCGCGUCCUUGAGGAAGAGGAAGGGGCGGAGUCCAGUCUGAGUGUGGGACAGUUCGUCCUCUGUCAUUGGUCAGACGGGCUCUACUACCUGGGCAAGAUACAGAGGGUGAGCCCCCCCAGGCAGAGCUGCUUCGUCACGUUUGAGGACAACUCAAAGUUCUGGGUCCUCUGGAAGGACAUCCAACAUGCUGGUGUGCCGGGGGAGGAGCCUCGCUGCUCCAUGUGUCGGGAGGCGGAGCCAAACCAUGACGACCAAUCAAAUCAAAACAACCAGAUCCUCAUCUGUGGGAAGUGUGGCAUCGGUUUCCAUCAGCAGUGUCAUGUUCCUCCUGUAGAGGGCAGUAACAGUCUCAGUCCCUGGUUCUGUAGACGUUGUGUCUUCGCUCUGGCUGUCAGGAAAGGGGGCGCUCUGAAGAAAGGUCCUAUAGCAAAAGCUCUGACAGCCAUGAAGCAGGUGUUGCUGUACGACCUGGACACUCUGGACUGGGACUCCCAGCACCGGACCAAUCAGCAGCAGUGUUACUGUUACUGUGGAGGCCCUGGAGAGUGGUACCUGAAGAUGCUGCAGUGCUUUAGAUGUCAACAGUGGUUCCAUGAAGCCUGUACCCAAUGUCUGCAGGAGUCCAUGAUGUUUGGAGACAGGUUUUACCUCUUCUUGUGCUCGGUGUGUAAUAAAGGAUCAGAGUACGUCCGGCGUCUCUCUCUCAGGUGGGUCGAUCUGGUUCACCUGGUUCUCUACAACCUGUCGGUCAGCAGCAAAAAGAAAUACUUCGAGCUGGACGAGAUCCUGGCCUUCGUCUCCGCAAACUGGGAACAUCUACAGCUAGGGAAGCUGUCAAACACUCCUCCAGCAGAGCGGGGGCAGCACCUCCUGGAUGCUCUGAACAAAUACAAGAGCAAGUUUCUGUGUGGGAAGGAGAUCAAGAAGAGGAAGUGCAUCUUUCGCCUGAGGACCAGAGUCCCUCCCAACCCCCCCUCCAAGCUGUUCCCUGAGCGCGCUCAGAAUGAUGGGGGGCGGGGCCGUAAGAAGGGCGUGGUCAGAAACAGUGUGUCAGCUGAGAGGAAGAGGAGGAAGUCCAAGUGGCUCCUAGAGGACGCCAUUCCUAACAAUGAGUACUCCUGCAGCUGGACCUCCAACCACCACAUGGCCAACAUCUUCGACUUCACCCUGGACGAGCUGCAGAGCCUCAAGAGUACUUCCAGUAGAACAGUCAGUAUUGAUCAGGACUCCACUGAUGCCUCCACCUCAGGUUCUGCCACGACCAGUGCCUCCUACCACUUCAGGAGGAGGGUGGGCAGCAGGAAGAGGAAGUUACCUAGCAACAGCUAUAGCCAGUGGGCCAAUCGCAGCGAGGCAGGGGAGGAGCUUGGUGGGGAGGAGCUUUCUGGGAUCCUGGAGGACCAAGAAGCUACUAACCACACUCACCUGUCAUCAGACUCCUCCCACUUCCUUUCUGACCCCUCCCAGCUCCCUUCUGACUCCUCCCACCUCCACUCCUCCAUCUCCUCCUAUUUCGGAGUGGCGGGCAGACUGACCAAUGGUGAGAGGUACCAGGUGUUGGCUCGACGCAUCACUCCUCAGGGGACGGUCCAGUACCUGCUGGAGUGGGAGGGAACAACACCAUAUUAGGACAUUGGCAGAGAAACAGCUUUGAUUCCUUUUCCUCCAUUCACUCCACUCAGAGCUCAGUCUCCUUGACAAUAGUGCACCUGACUGAUCACCUGAGCUGAUAUUCACGUUACUUGGGCCAUGUUGAUUAUUUUAAAUACCAACAACCAUAAAAUUUAUUUAAGAUUUUAUUUUAUUUUCAUAAACAUGAAUUUAAACACAUUGAAAUUAACUUCCUGUUUUCAGCCCAGUCAGCCUCAGUCCCAACAAAGCCUGUUCUAUACAUGUCUGUCCAAACCUCAAUCAGGUCCCCUCAAACGUCCGUCACACUUCAAACCUCCCUCACACCUAUGUCCCCUUAAACCUCCGUCAGGUGGUUUUCAGGUGAGUUUGGAGGAAUCCGGUUUCAAAGCUGAUCAUGAUCCUGUAAAAAAAAGUAUUUAGUGAAGCAAACGAAAUGUUGAACUACAGCCAAAGACCACACACACACACACACUCACUCUUACACACACACACACACUCACACACUCACACACACACUCACUCUUACACACACACACUCACUCACUCACACACACACUCACUCUUACACACACACACACUCACUCUCUCUUACACACACACUCACUCACUCACUCACUCUCUCUCUCACACACACACACACACUCACUCUCUCUUACACACACACUCACUCACUCACUCACUCACUCUCUCACUCUCUCUUACACACACACACUCACUCACUCACUCACUCUCUCUUACACACACACACACACACUCACUCACUCACUCACUCUCUCUCUCACACACACACACACACUCACUCUCUCUUACACACACACUCACUCACUCACUCACUCUCUCUUACACACACACACACACUCACUCACUCACUCACUCUCUCUUACACACACACACACACACACUCACUCACUCUCUCUUACACACAAACACACACACACUCAAUCACUCUCUCUUACACACACACACACACACACAUUCAGUAGUGUUAUAUGAACAUGUAGUGUUCAGGUCAAGUUUCUUCUCCUUUGUCUCUGGUUGUUAAACAGUCAGAGGCGCCUGUAGUUUCCUGUAGCACCCCCAGCUGUCAAACAGCUCGCUGCCUUACCUGUCCGCACCCGUGAGUUACAUCUGUCCUCACAGCUGAACAUACAGCACUUCACUUAAAGCAGGGUCAACAUCUGGAAUGGGAGAGCAGCAGCUGAUCUGAGUCGUUGUACCUGUGAAGAAAUAAUAACCCUCUGAGGUCUCAGGGUAUUUUCUCCAUGUUUAAAUCUUUUCUUAAAUUCACCUUUUUAAAAGGUACUUGCAUGACAUAACAUAACACCCAAGUGUUUUAUAUCGCAAUGUUCGGAGCAAUCUCACCUCUUGUUAUAAUGAGGCCCCUUUUGUCGCAGAGCACCGUGUAUCUGUGUAAACGGAUCAUUAGCCCGAUGUUUGAAAUUCUUCAAAUCUCUCAAACCUUAACUAAUGUGGAUGAAUUGUUUUGGUGCUUGAAAUGGGUUCACCAAAGUUCUCAAAAACAGCACAAUAUAUAAUUAAAAUAGUAGAUUCUUGUAUAAUAAAUGCCUAAAAUGAACCAAAUGCUUAUUGGCCUUCCAGCUGCAACGGUGAGUCACAUGAACUUGCAAGAAUAUGAACCAGAGAUUGGCGAGUCUCCAAAUUCAAACAGCAUUCAAACCAAAUUUCUGUGCUGUAUUAUUAUAAAGAAAUCAAUAGAAACAUCUUGAAGAUCUCGGAGGGUUAAAGACAGAGCUGUGAUAAAAAUAAUGAGUCCAGAUCAGUCCAGUCCUGGUCUGAGGUCGGUCAUCCCUGAGAGACCAAGGACUGAAUCCAGUCUGAGUUCUGAACUCUAUCUGAGGUUAAUGACAGCAGGUCCUUAUCAAGUAAAGGCUGAAAACAUUUGGACUAAAACAUGAGAUUCAAUGUGUCGUAUGAUGAAACCUGCAGAUUCAGACCUCAGGACAAACUUACCGCCUCAUUUACAUCCGCUGAUGUGUGUGCCGUGUGUGUGACCUCUGACCUUUGACCAAGACCAGAACCUCUUCACAGGAACAUCAGAUAAAAACCUGCUGCUGUGACUGACAAACGAAAACUACAAAUCCCAGUGGGGUUGAUUUCCCAGAGUUCAGUGUUCACCUUCAGAGUAUUGAUCUUCUUCUUCUUGCACUAUCAUUCAGUAUCUAUGCAAACAUCAGAUUUCACCUUCAAACUGAUAAUCAAUCACCGGCAUUGAUCAGGAUAAAUAAUUAUUGUUCCAUGUUAAUGUUCACUUCUGUUUGUUUUUGACAUCAGAGGUUAGCUUGAAGCUAACACAGCCCAUUGGUUUGAAUGAGGAAUACUAAUAGUGCUAACAGUCUCUGAGACGUUAAACUGUCACUCUGUCACUUUAAACCUGCAGCUCCUCCUUGCUGCCAUGGUAACCACGCUCCCCUCCCAUUGGCCCGUUGGACGGUUGUUUUGAUCAUGUGACUGUUUGUAUUUUUGUCUUUUUUCUGUUGAAAUGACCAAUCAGCUGCCAGCUUUCUCUGGAAUAAAAAAAAACUGAUGUUUGACCUUUGA